AUGGUCGCCUUCUCCAGACGCAUUCAUCCAGCACACUUGGAUGCCAACUCGUCCGACAUUUUGCGGACAAAGGUGGUCUGCACUAUCGGUCCAGCGUCAUGCUCAAAAGAAAUGAUUGGGAAGCUCGUGGAGGCCGGCAUGAACAUUGCUCGGUUGAACCUGAGUCACUGUACUCAAGAGUUUGCGACACAAGUGAUUAGCGAUAUUCGAACUUAUCUUCAGGAGAGUGGAAGUACCGCUGAGGUGGCAACCUGGCUGGAUAUCAAUGGGCCCAAAGUUAGGAGUGGAAGAUUGGUGAAUGGCGAGCCUGUGCAGUUAAUAGCUGGCGACGACUUUUAUUUUGUGAAUGAUGCAGACCUUUUGGGGGAUAACACAAGGAUUUCUACAAGCUACACGAAAGAGCUAGUAAAAGUGGGAGACAAGAUGUACAUUGACGACGGACUGCUGUCAUUUACCGUCGUGGAACGUUUGGAGGAUUCGAUUCGGUGCAAGGUGGACAACACCGGAAUCUUGGGGGAAAAUAAGGGUAUCAACUUCCCAAGUCAUGUCAUUGAGGACCUUCCAGCCGUUAGUGACAAGGAUAAGGCCGAUAUUUCGUACGCAAUGGCGCAGAAUGUGGACUUUAUAUCUGUUUCAUGUAUUCGGAACAUUGACGAUGUGGAGGAAGUGAGAUUGCUGCUCGGCAAUCACAAGGUAAAGCUUUUGGCGAAGAUCGAGAACAAACGGGGCAUGGACAACUUUGAAAGUAUUUUGAAAAUGGCCGACGGGAUUGUCAUCGAUCGUGGUUAUCUUGGCGCAGAGGUUGAUGUGGACUUGGUGACUGUUGCCCAAAAGAAGAUGAUUAGUAUGGCGAAUGUGGCAGGCAAGCCGAUCCUGGUGGCGAACCAAAUGCUUGAAUCGAUGAGAACCAAUCCCAGACCAUCACGAUCUGAAGCAGCCGAUGUAGCCAACGCGGUUAUGGAUGGCGUGGAUGGAUUGGUCCUCUCUGGUGAAACUGCAAUCGGUGAAUACGUUUUGGAAUCCGUAGACUCGAUGCGCAGAAUAGCCUACCAGGCCGAAAAGAAUACCAACUACUUGGAGUAUCAAGUCAAAACCAUGCGCAGUAUUCCAAAGCCUAUCCCUGUGUCGGAGAGUAUCGCUUCUUCUGCGGUUCUUGCAGCUCGGCAAGUGGAUGCUGCCAUCAUUGUCUGCAUUACGGAGCUUGGAGGAACUGCCCGUUUGGUUGCCAAGUACCGCCCACAGAUUCCAGUGGUGGCGGCCACUCUGAUUCCGCAAACGGCACGACAACUGAAUGUGAACUUUGGGCUGGUUCCCUACUACCACACAGGAACUGCGGAUACUGUGAUUCCUGAUACACUAAAGUAUGCCGUGGAGCUGGGUUUGUGUCAACCAGGGCAAGUUGCAGUUGUGACGUCCGGUCAGCACAUUGGAUUCUUGGAAGGCACCACUACCAAAAUGCAACUCUUGCAAAUCCCUGCUUAG